GUGUGCACGCGGGCUCGUUACGUGCGCUGGGCUGGAGUGCAGAGCGACCUGCCGUUUUGAGCAGAUAUACCACCGCCACAGCAGCCUACGACCCGCCCCGUACAGCCGUCGCCCGCUUUCUUCCCAAGCGUCUCCUGCUUGUCCUCUUACCCCCACCAUCUCCCCCUCCCACCUCUCCUCUCCUCCACCAUAUCCUCCCUCGCCACCCACCUAGCAUUGGCUCUGCCACCCCCACCCACUCGAAUACAUCACCAUGGACGCCCUGCGCUCCCUCGUGCAGCCUCUCGUCGGCGGCGGCGGAGGCUCAUCGAUGAUUGACGGAAUGAAGCUCGUCGUCCUCGGUGGCACCGUCGAGACUGCCCGCCGUGUCGCAAGCUCAGGAUGGUCCCACUUCAUCAACUCCUUCUUCCUGACCGCCCACUUCUCCGAAGAGGACUACCCUUAUGACUGGCUGAUGCUCUGGUUGUCGCGUCGCCCAGAGUGGCAACGCUCCCGUGAGUUUGAGACGACAACGCGCUCAUCCACUCCGGGGUUCGGCUCCCGCAUCGCAGACAACUCUUUCGGAGACGAUGACGAAGAGGAGGACGACGGCGCACCUGGUCGUGUCAAGACGCGCGUCGUCUUCCAGCCCACCUCUAACACCACGCACACCAUCUACUAUCGCGGACACUGGCUCCGUGUGAGGCGGUGGCGCAAGAACGACUCCGGCAACGAAUGCAUCUCGGUUUCGGUGGUGGCCCGCAAUAACUCCAUCCUCAAGCAGCUCGUCCUGCAGGCCAAGAAGGAGUACGAGGCGGAGGCCGUGCACCGGAUACAGAUUUACUUCGCCGACUCCCACGGGUGCUGGCGGUGGACCGACUCCAGGCAUAAACGUCCAAUGUCGUCCAUCGUCCUCAAUCCGGGCGUAAAGGAGAUGCUAUUGUCGGAUACCAAGGACUUCCUGAAGUCUGAGAAGUGGUAUGCAGAUCGCGGCAUUCCGUUCCGCAGAGGGUACUUGCUCUACGGUGUGCCUGGCUCGGGAAAGAGCUCGCUCAUCCACGCCAUUGCUGGCGAGUUGAUGCUCGACAUUUACGUUGUGUCUCUGUCAUCAUCGUGGAUAAACGACAGCACGCUCACCACGCUCAUGGGCCGCGUGCCCGCGCGGUGUAUCGUCCUCCUGGAGGACCUCGAUGCGGCCUUCACGCGUAGUACAAGUCGAGACGGCAGCGCAACAGGUAACCCUGAGGGAGAAUCUAAGGAGAAGGCGCCUGAGCAGACCACAACGCCUAGUUCAUCGCGCCGGACGCGGAAAACCGAGCAGCUCUCUGACGUGAACACUCUUAGCUUGAGUGGCUUGCUCAACGCGCUGGACGGUGUCGCUGCCUCCGAGGGUCGUCUGCUCUUUGCGACGACCAAUCAUCUUGAGCGCCUCGAUCCUGCCCUCUCCCGCCCGGGUCGCAUGGACGUCUGGAUUGAGUUCAAGAACGCCUCGAAAUGGCAGGCAGAGCUGCUUUUCCGCAACUUCUUCCCAUCGACAGACGAGGACGAUGUGCCCAUAGAAGGCGACCUCGAUAGUAUUGAGUUGCCUACAACACCGCCCUCGCCGUCGGCGGGUUCGAGCUCCACGCUGUUCUCGUCGAUGGCGUCGACAUUCUCCUCAGUCCCGACGAGCCCAUCAGGGUCGGCAAGCCCUCUGUCGCCUCUCCCCUCUUUGCCAGAUGGCCUGCCGACGCGUCUGCGCACGAGUUCAACUGCGGGACGCCGAAGCCCCAGUGCCGGCAAGGGGAAGGAACGGUCGCGCACGACGAGCGACGCCGGGCUCAUGAACCAGGCAUAUCUGCCACCCCCCGUCGAGGACGAGAUCAUGGAAGCCAAGCACUCGGCGAAGCCCCUCGACGGCGAGACGCUGGCGCGACUCGGGAAGGAGUUUGCGGACGCGAUCCCCGAUGAGGAGUUCAGCGUAGCCGCGCUGCAAGGCUGUGAGUGUCCCGAUUCUCUCGUCCGCUAA